UUGUUUCUCUCAUUAACUGAAGUUUCGAAUCUUAGAACUUCUCAAGCUAAGCUGUCUCUCCUUUUAUCCAUGGCUUCGCCUACCUCCUCCAUUUAUUAUUAUCAUCAUCAGAUAUCUUUCCCUUCAUUCUUGUCUCGGUUUAAACAAAAGAAGAAGAAGAAGUAAUAAUCACUGAAUAUAAACUGGGAAAGAAUCAACAAAUGAGAACUGCAAUGGGCAUACCCGUGCUCAUUGUAGUGAUCACGGCCGUGAUUUUGGAAUUACUGGGUUUUGUAGAAGCAGCUACUCAUCCCAUGGACUUGCAAGGACUCCAAAUUAUAUACACUUCACUGAACUGUCCUUCAAAGCUGACUGGCUGGAAAGCUAAUGGCGGAGAUCCUUGCACAGAGUUGUGGAGAGGAGUUUCUUGUCAAGGCUCUUCUGUUGUCUCAAUUAAAAUAUCUGGACUUGGUCUGAAUGGAACAAUGGGUUACAUGCUCAAUGGUCUCAAAUCACUAAAGACAUUAGAUAUGAGUGGUAACUUCAUCCAUGGCUCCAUACCUUUUCUGCUACCAUCCAAUCUUACGAGCUUGAACCUUGCAAACAAUAACCUAAGAGGAAACAUUCCUUAUUCCAUCAUUGACAUGACUUCUAUUAAUUACAUGAAUCUUAGCAGGAACUCUCUUCAUCAAUCUAUUGGAGAUGUGUUUACUAAACAUUCUGACCUUGCAACCUUGGAUCUUUCUUUCAACAAUUUUACUGGAGAUCUUCCUCCUUCCUUGGGUUCAUUGUCAAAGAUGUCUAUACUUCACUUGCAGGACAACCAAUUGUCUGGUACUCUUGAUGUUCUUGUUGAUUUACCAUUGGUUGAUUUGAAUGUGGCAAACAAUGGUUUCAGUGGAUGGAUACCAAUUGAAUUGAUUACUAUUCCUAAUUCCAUAUAUGAUGGAAACUCAUUUGCUAAUAGUCCUGGUCAUCUGCUGCCGCCGACUUCCACUCCACCUCCGCCGACUUCCACUCCGCCUCCACCGACUUCCACUCCACCUCCGCCGACUUCCACUCCACCUCUGCCAACUUCCACUCCACCUCCACCUAGUAGGUCUGACAUCGACAACCAGAGUUAUUCCCCUCCAGAUCUACAUAAAGUACCAGGCUCUGAUGGCAGCCUGCCAUUCAAUCCAGAGAAUAGAAAUAGAAAGAAAGGAUGGACACAUGGAGCUAUUAUAGGCAUAGUUUUGGGAUCUGUUCUGGUUGUUCUCGUUGCUGUUUUUGCACUUAUUAUUUUCUUACGGAGGUGCAAUAAAAAAGAAAUUGCGACAGGAAUCUCUACAGGCAAUUCUACUGCCAAUGCAAAUAGAGUGAAUAGGAAGGUGGUAGAGCCGAAGGAAAAUUCAACAUCCACGGUAGUAGAAUUGAUGCCUCUUCCAAUGGAGAGAAUGUCAUUAGAUAUCAUACAAGGGCGGAAUGGUUCUAUCAAGAGAGCAAACUCUGUAAUACCUCUCAUUCCUUAUACCGUUGCUGCACUUCAAACUGCAACUAACAGUUUUUGCCAAGAAAACCUUGUUGGUGAAGGUUCCACUGGGCGUGUUUAUAGAGCAGAUUUUCCUAAUGGAAAGAUACUUGCCAUAAAAAAGUUUGAUAGUGCAAUGUUGUCAUUGCAAGAAGAUGAGAAGUUUCUUGAGAUUGUCACAAAGAUGUCAAUGUUGAGACACAGAAACAUUGUCGCGCUAGUGGGAUAUUGUGUAGAGCACGGACAACAUUUACUCGCCUUUGAUUAUGUAAAGAAUGGUAGCUUACACGAUAUGUUGCAUUAUGGUGAUGAGAGGAGCAAAAAGCUGUUGACUUGGAAUGCACGUGUGAAAGUAGCACUUGGCGUUGCUUGGGCAUUAGAGUACUUGCAUGAAGUUUGUACACCGUUUGUUGUGCAUGGGAACUUCAAGUCUGGAAACAUUUUGCUAGAUGAGGACCUCAAUCCCCAAUUAUCAGACUGUGGAUUAUCUGCUCUGACACCAAAUGUAGUGUACCAGGUUUCAUCCACACAGAUGGCUGGUUCAUUUGGUUACAGUGCACCAGAGUUUGUAUUAUCUGGAAUAUAUACCGUUAAAAGCGAUGUGUAUAGUUUUGGUGUGGUAAUGCUCGAGUUAUUGACAGGAAGGAAGCCACUUGAUAGCUCCCGGGAGAGAUCAGAACAGUCACUUGUGAGGUGGGCCGCACCUCAACUCCAUGACAUAGAUGCCUUAGCAAGAAUGGUUGAUCCUUCGCUAAAUGGCAUGUAUCCUGCCAAGUCAUUGUCCCGCUUUGCUGAUGUCAUUGCCUUGUGUGUUCAGCCUGAACCCGAGUUUCGUCCUCCAAUGUCUGAAAUUGUUCGAGCACUUGUGCGGCUAGUGCGAAGGGCCAGUUUGGUAAGAAUAAGAUCUAAUGAUGAAUCUGGGGUGCCACUUAGGACCCCAGAACACAGUUCGAUAAACCCGCCUUACUAACUACUAGCUUUUGCAGAUUUAUAAGUAAUCUUUCAUUAUAUGAGAACAUUAUAUGUAAUUAAAUAUGUAGUAAUCAUUUUCCGAUUUCCCGUUUUGUAAGAAUUUGGAAUUUCAAUAUUAGGC